ACGGAGAAAAUUGCUCCGCUUCCAAACAAGACUCCCCGAGAGCUUACCGCUGAGAACUCUUGGACAUAACUCCCGAGAGCGAGGAAAAAGAAUCGCGCUGAAAUGUACGGAAAAGUAUUCGUCCGAGUGUGCGUCGUUUUAGUGGCCGUCUGCAUGGUUUGGGGGGAGGACUGCUCAUUUCCCUGCAGAUGCCCCUCAAUACAUCCGAUUUGCCCUUUGGGUACCAGCCUGAUCCUGGAUGGAUGUGGAUGCUGCAAAGUUUGUGCAAAGCAAGUCGGAGAGCCCUGCAGUUUUCUGGAGCCAUGCGACCAACACAAGGGCUUGUAUUGCGAUUACUCCAUCCUGAGCGAUAAAGAGACUGGAGUCUGUAUGGCCCAAGAAGGAGCUACAUGUGACCUGGGUGGAGUUAUUUACCGUAGUGGAGAGACAUUUCAGCCCAGCUGCAAACACCAUUGCAUAUGCAUGAACGGGGAAAUCGGCUGCGUCCCAACAUGUGCCAACGAUAUGCAACUGGCCUCGCCCGACUGUCCAUUCCCUCGACGUAUCAAGAUCCCUGGCAAGUGCUGUGAGGACUGGGUGUGUGACCAGAAGCAGCAAGCUGACCAGUAUCAGGCCGUCAUGGCAGUGUAUCAAGAAGUCCCAGCAUUCAACUCCGAAACGGAAAGUCCACAAGAGAACUGCAUCGUUCAGACAACAGAAUGGAGUGAGUGUUCCAAGAGCUGUGGCAUGGGCAUUUCAACCCGUGUCACCAAUGACAAUGAACAGUGUCAACUGGAAAAGCAAAGCCGCCUCUGCGUGGUUCGCCCCUGUGAAGGCUUUCAAGAGAAGGAUAUCAAGAAAGGAAAAAAGUGUGUGCGUACUCCUAAGACCACCAAGGCUAUGAGAUUUGAGCUUUCCGGCUGCACCAGCACACGUACGUACAAACCCAAAUUUUGCGGGGUGUGCACUGAUGGCCGCUGUUGCACUCCACACACAACGGGUACCAUGGAGGUGGAAUUCAGGUGCCCAGAAGGGGAUAAGUUCCACCGAAAAAUGAUGUUUAUCAGGACCUGCUCCUGCCAUCACAACUGUCCCCAGGACAACGAUAUCUUCUUGUCCACAAACCAUCGAAGGAUGUUUGAUGAUUAUGACAAUGACAACUGAAUCAUUCAAUCGAGUUUCCAGAUACAGGACUUCAAACUUUUUACCAUGAGACCAUGAAGAACACUGAAAAUGACAAUUAAAAGGCAGAGUUCCUAUUUAGGAGAUUUGAUUUAAAUAGUAGGCCUGCUGUACCAAAAAUAUACCCAGGUAGGGAGCUGGCAUGAUCCUUUGGCUUUAGAGUAAAGCUAAAACAGGCAUUUGCAGUAUUGAUUUGCAUACAUUAAGAACUUUGCUAAGCUGGCAGCUCAGAAAAAAACUUUUAUUUCUACCGAAAACAACGAUGGUGGCAUCUUUGGACAUAACCUGACAUGCGGCACAAAUAUAAGUAUCCCAAAAUUCAAAUACAAGGGCUGGCGUCAGUCUGCAGUUUUUGCUUAUGUAUGUAGUAAAGUGUAUUGUUUAUAGAAAGUUUGAAAAAAGUCAGCUGUGCGGUCAUCCUUUGUGUUUGGUCUGAUGUGUCUUGACACCCCUUAUUUGUGGUGGGAUUUGAAUGAAAUGCCCUCCAUUGUUCUAUGGAUUGUACUCGAGCAGUGGAAUCUUUUUAUUUUUUAUUUUAGUAGUUGAGUCAGCAGAAGGGCUACUGUGCUCCACAGAAAAUAGGAUACAAAAUGUCUCCCUAAUCGCCUCCAAAUCCGAAUUCAAAUGAAUUCGCAAAGUAAUUCGCACUGAAGGUUUCCUACUAGCAGCAUUUUAAAGUAGCAUUUCCUUGACUGUGAUGAUCUGCGAUUUAACAUAAUCCUCCAAUCAGCCAACAGUUCAUCUCAGACAGACGCAGCAGCGAUCCAAUCAAUGCCCUCCUUUAGAAGCAGGUGCACACAGCUGGGUUUCAUCUUGUUGAUGUGAGUGGAAGACGGCUGACAUGCUGAUGCAGCUGCGAGUUAGAAGGCACUUUGUGGACUGCUGCAUAAUUUUGUUAUUAAACCAUCUGGUGCUCCUGCUGAUGGAGUCAUUGCACCAUCUUCCAGUUUCACAUUACAUGUCACUGUAUCGCCUCGGGUCCUGACUUCCAUUUGUAAACGUCCUCCUGAUUUCUCAGAAGCAAUAAUGAAAUGAAAUCUGUGCUUGCUUGACUUCCACGAGUGAACUUUUCAGCGUGGCCACACCGGGAUGGUAGCCUUAAAAGUAUUUGUCAACAACACAUUUAACAUGUGGCUUUAUUAAAUGUAGCAUUGGCUAGGAAGAUUAAUCUCGGAUAUAAAACAUUUGUGUAAAUUGUGUAAAUAGCUUGAUGUAUAGUUUUGUACUAUAAUUUAUAUUACCUAUGUAAUGUGGUACUGUAAUCCAUUUGUUUUACUGAAAAUGCCCCGUUUGUGCAUUGCAAAAGGAGUAAGCAAAAACGUGUUGCACUUUAGUUGAUUCAAUAAAGUUUUAUAUUUUUA